GCAUUCUCAAAAAUAACAAGUCGUAUGUAUGUAUGUGCAAUUGCACAAAUUUAUAUGGAAAGCGGAGUUGAUUUACAUAUUUACAUAUGUUUCUUCGAGUAUGUAUGCACAUGUACAUUUGUAUAAGUCCAUGUAAAUUUAUAUGGCAACAUCAUUGCGUAUGGCCGUAUCAAAAAGCACUGGCUGCUAAUUUGACAUUCCGUUUUGUGUUGAGCACCGUCUGCUGUUGCAGAACUUGAAAGCGAAAAUUUUGAAGAAAACUCGAUGUAUUGUGCAAAAAAAAAAGAAGAAUAGACACAAAAUUGUAAAUUAAAUAACGAAUUAAGUUAACAAUACACGAAUACAGCAAAAAAGAAAAGUAAACGCAUUCGGUGCAAACUGUGAAAGUAGCUCAAACAGAGCCUUAAAAAAAAUAUUAAAACAGUCAAUAAUAAAAAUAAAAAUAAUUCAGCAACAACGAACUCAAGAGAGACACAUGUGUGUACUUAAAUUAAUAGAAAGUUGUCUGUGCGAAUUUAGUAAAGAGUAACCCUUCUGUAUCUGUAUCUGUAAAUUGUUAACUUAAGGAAGUAACGAACUAAAUAUUCAUACACUGAGAAUUCUUUUAACAUAGACGAGCACUUAAGACACAGAGAACGGCCCAAUCAUAACCAGCCCAUAAAGAUUAACGACAUCAGGCUGCCGUCUCGACGAUGGCUGCCGAAAAGGAGAUGCAGGCACACGACAUGGUGCGACGACGGAGCUGGGCACGAGCUGUGGCGCUCUACGAUCAGAUACUCGCCCCAGGUGCGAGUUUGACUCCCACCCAGCUGCAGACGCCGCAACCGAAUGGAACAACGCGGGCACAGAAGGAUCAGCAGAUUGCUUGCUUGCUGGGACGCUGCGAGUGUCUGCUAGAACUUGGCAGAUACGAGAGCUGUCUGGCAGAUGCGUACAAAGUACUCACACUGCUGGCCGAGCAGACUGAAUGCUUGGCCAGCGUAUCUCGGGCGCGUCGUUGGCUGGUGCAUGCGCUCUUUAAGCUCCACAAAUACUCGGACGCGGAGCACUUUUUGAGCAAGUGGAUUAACGAGCUCAGUGGCCAGCAGAUCUUUUCGGACAUUUCGAAAACGCUGGAGCGGUACAAGUCCAUAAUACAGAUGAUUAUGAAUGGAAACAACAAGGCACAGUCGCAGACUCAGAAAAUUCCUCACGCCCGUCUCGAGGAUGAGAUGGCCAUUCUGGACACGAAGCUUGAUCACUGGGCAACAAAUAAUCUGCCCCUGGACAAGUAUAGUAAGCUGCUCAGCAAUAAAGGGUUGAAGAAACGGGAGCAACAACACCAACAACAGCAGCACCAACAACAACAACAGCAACAACAACAGAAUGGUAGUGGUAGCUUUAGUAGCAGUAGCAGCAGCACUGGAAGCAGCAGCACCAUGUCCACCUCCAGCAUGUGCGCCAAGAACAAUGAGCUAUUGUCGGCCAUUAAACUGACCGGCGUGAAGCAUCCAGCAGUGGAUCUUGGACAAGAUCAAGCGGAUCAAGCCUCGCACUCGACAACAACAACAACAUGCAGUUACUGUGCCAUCAAUUUUCAAACACGCAAUGAGUUGAGGCAACACUGCCAGACUGAAAGCCACCAGAAAGUGAUAAUGAGUGAUGAGGGUCGCGACUGGAAGUGGCGUCCUCCACCUCGCGGCUAUACACUGGACACGUACAGCGUCUGCGAAACAUUUGUGGAAGCACACACCUGUCACUAUGGGGCCCAAUGUGUGGAGGCGCACGGCAUUGACGAGCUGAACGAGUGGAAGGAGCGCUUUGAGUAUAGGCGAAUGCGCGUACAGAAGGCUUGCGAAAAGGAAUUAUAUGGCAAGUCGUACACGGAACAGGUGUUGGAGCGAUGGAUCCAGGCAACUGCUCCGGAGCGUGUUAUGUGUGAGAGAGUGGCUGAUGUUGAGGCUAACUGUGAGCAGCAAUUGGUUACCAGCAUUAGUUCAAAGACUUCGAAACGCGAGUGGCUCUUUCAGCUGGAAACAUUGCGACCUCUUAAAGCCGUUGCACUCCUACAGGACGCGCAUCGCAAUCAUUUCGCGAUAAAGUCUAUCAAGCUGGGGAAUGCUGAGGCAGAGGCCAAUGUAGAGCUAAAGUCUGAUCAGGAAUGGGUCGCCGGCAGCGUGGUUACAUUGUCCGAAGCAUCCAAUGAUGAGGAGCAAGACACGGCAGCGGUGGAAUCAGUAAAGAACGUUCUCUCACACGUGAUUACUGUUGAAUUUCAUACAGAGAUUUACGGUACGUUCCGGCAAUCCAUAUGCUUUGACGUUGGUCAAGAGCCCCUGCUGGUGCGUCAUCUGUGCGUUGAUGUGCUGCCCGUCAGCGACGCUGAGAAGAUUGAGGAAAUCAAACGUGACAUUAUCAACAGCUCGGCCACACGAUGGGAUGUCUCCAAUACCCAACUGACACGUUUUGAGACCACAAUCGGUACACACUUAAAGACGGAAGCCUAUCUCAGUGAUUUGCAGCACGAGCGAGAGCUCUUGGAGCGAUAUCCGUGUCCUCGGGCGGCCACAUUCACGCUUACACAGUCAACCAUUGUGGAAAAGCGACUGACACAAAACAACUAUCGUUCGCGCAUCCACGAGCUGCUUUACGUGGAAGAGAUUGCUCGAUACGAGCAAAUCGCACGCUACAACGUGCGCACCCGUCUGACUGUGGCUUCUAACUAUAUAUUAACACCGGCCGGAAUGGCCACGAGUACAGCCAAGUACUCCUUGGCUGGUGAGCUGUUUGCACUGAUGCGCUUGGGAAAGGACAUUUCAGAGGAUACGUCGCCGGGUCGGCUUAUUCUUUCCAACUGCAGCAGCGUGUACAUCUCAGCACCGGAGGAGACUUCGACUAAAGCAGACAAGUCGGAAAAAUCUGAUAAAUCUGAGCAACGUGCUGUGUAUGAGGCCCUCAUUGAGGAUAAGGGAAAAAAUGUUAUAUAUCUUAAGCUGUCGUCCAAAUGCGUGGAAGCCAUGGGCCUGCAGGCGGACACCGACCUGGACGUUGAUAUACAGUUUCAACUCAAUCGCAUGCCCUACUGCGAGUGGCACAAUGCCGUGGACAAGAUAACCGAUUUCCGUUUGAUAUUUCCGGCCACCGAGCUGGAGCCAUCCAUACCGUGGACACCGAAGAAGCAAUGGGCUGAUGCCUGCGAGCCCAAGUUGAAUGCAAAGCAGCGGGAAGCUGUUAACGCCAUCACGACAGCUCUGAAUAUUAAGUUGCCACCGAUCUUAUUAAUCGGACCGUUUGGCACUGGAAAAACAUAUACGCUAGCGCAGGCAAUUAAACAGCUUCUGGCACAACCAGAAGCCAAGAUACUCAUCUGCACGCAUUCCAAUUCGGCGGCAGAUCUCUACAUUAAGGAGUACCUGCAUCCGUGGAUCGAAGAGGGACUCGAGGAAGCAACUCCGCUGCGUGUCUACUACCACAAGCGUUGGUCCGCCACCGUCAAUAGUGUGGUGCAAAAAUAUUGCAUUACAGAUGGCGUGGGCAACUUUCGUCGUCCCAGCAUUGAGGAUAUUAUGCGCCAUCGCAUCAUAGUGGUUACACUGAGCAUAAGCAUGGAGUUGGCCACUCUUGGUCUGCCCAAAGGUCUAUUCACACACAUUUUCUUGGACGAGGCGGCGCAGGCGAUGGAAUGCGAGGCGAUUAUGCCUCUUGCUCUGGCCAACGAUUCCACACGCAUUGUGCUGGCUGGCGACCAUAUGCAGAUGAGUCCCGAACUGUUCUCCGCCUUUGCCAAGGAGCGUAAGUUGCAUAUAUCGCUUUUGGAGCGGUUAUACGACCACUAUCCAUCAAACUUUCCAUGCAAGAUUCUGUUGUGCGAGAACUAUCGUGCUCACGAAGCCAUCAUACGGUUCACCUCGGAACUCUUCUACGAGCAGAAGCUUGUGGCAUCCGGCAAACAGCCGCGCCACGAACGCUUCUAUCCGCUUACGUUUUUCACGACGCGCGGCGAGGAUGUUCAGGACAAGAACUCGACGGCAUUUUACAACAACGCUGAGGUCUACGAGGUGGUGGAGCGCGUCUCGGAGCUGCGUAAACGGUGGCCCAGUGCCUGGGGCAAGUUAAACGACACGAGCAUUGGAAUUAUGACGCCCUAUGCGGAUCAGGUGUUUCGCAUUCGCUCCGAGCUUCGUAAACGCCGCAUGGGAGGCAUCUCAGUUGAGCGUGUGCUAAAUGUGCAGGGCAAGCAGUUCCGCGCUGUAUUCCUGUCUACAGUGCGCACCAGACGUACGUGCUUGCCCCAAAGUGGCGGACAGGGAUCUGGAAGUGGAACCGUUGCAACGGCCAGCAUUGGUGACGCAGAUACCGACUAUGGUUUCUUGAGCAAUUCCAAGCUACUUAAUACUGCGAUAACACGUGCACAAUCUCUGGUGGCUGUCGUUGGUGAUCCGGUUGCCCUCUGUUCCAUAGGACGCUGUCGUAAGGUCUGGGAGCGUUUCAUUGAAAUAUGUGAUGAGCACAAGUCACUCUUUGGGUUAACAUGGUCAAACCUGCGAUCCCAACUGGAUGGCGUCGAGAUGAAGCGUGGCUAUGUGCUCAAUCCCCUUGCCCCAGAGUUUGUUCCACGCGCCCUGCAACCAGAGGCGUACUUGCGUGAACAGGCUGCCCUGUACCUAAACGCACCACCACAUGCGCCGCCUGGAAGCCAGCCAAAUCCCUAUGCGACUUCGACAACAAUUGGUACUGGUCCGGCUGCAGCUCAUCAGAUGAAUCAGAUGGCCGCUGCAAUGGCUGCCAAUCAACAACUCUCACAUAUGUACUCCACCCACAUGGCGGCAAUGAUGGCAGCUGUUGCGGCCGGCGGUAAAGCUCCCAACGGACCCUCCCCUGGUCCAGGGCCGGGACCUGGUCCUCAUCUGCGUGGUCAUAUGGGAAUGCGCGGCCCCCCGCCGAAUGGACCACCGCCAGGACCACCCCAUCUGCGCCAGUCUCAACCGGGUGGAGGUCCACCACCGCCGCCUUACGGUCAGUAUGCAGCAAUGCAACAUUGGCGUCCUCCCGUUGCCCCACAACAGGCUCAGCAACAGCAACAAAAUCCUAAUGCCAGUCUCUGGGGUCCACCGCCACAGACAAAUCCUUGGAGCGUCUUACCGCCAAACAAGCAACCGCCACCACAACAGUCAGGUGCUCCAGGCCGUGGGCCAGGACCACUACCACCACCAUCUCUUCGAGGAGGCAGUGUGCCACCAGCUGCUGGGAAUGCAACAACUGCCGCACAGCUGUUACGGAAUCCCAGUGAAUUGGGCUACCUUGCAAAGAAGACGCUCUACAACCACGGUCAGGUGCCACCUCCUCAACAGCCCCCGCCUCCGCAACAUCAUCUAUAUGGUCAGCCGCCCAUACCGAUUCAGCGUGGAAGUAGCGUGCCCAAUGGUCCGAUGAGCCCGAUGGAGAAUGGACCACCACCACCUUAUCUACGGCACAAUGGGGUUGGGGUUGGGGCUAGUUACAAUAACUACGACAAGGCAACAGCACCGCCACAGCAGCCUCCACCCGCACCCUACAUGUACACGGCCGGAAAGCAGCCGUCUCCUAGUGCACUGCGAUUUCCAGCUGCACAUGAACUGCUGCCCCCAAAUGUGAGCAUUUACGAGAUGGCAUUCAAUUCGAAGGAGGAGCAGUAUAAGUGGUAUCUCAAAUUGCUCGAGUCUGUUGGUCAAGAGGCAGCCAACAAGUUUGGUGAUAUGCUCCGCCAGGUGAUGGCUACGUUGCAGCUACAGGGUCACCAACAGCAGCAGCAGCAGCAGCAGCACCCAGCACAGGGUCACAAGCAACAGCCACCAUCGGCACCAGGGCCACAGAUGUUGUCAAAUCCACAUGCUGUCAUGGGGCCACAGCCUCAAAGGCCUCCACAAUAUCCGAUGAUGUACUCAACACCGGCCCAGACUCAGAAUCAACAGCCAGUGGAAUCGUCGCCUCCAUUGGACAACUUUAAUCAGCAAAUUGAUCUUGUUUUUAAUUCGAUUAUGAAUGGUGCCAAUGACAUUGCCCAGCCCAUUCUACGUGACGUUCUUGGAAUGGUUGGCGUAACGGCAGCGACACCACCCGGUUCUGGAGGUAUACCGCUGUCCAAUGGCAUGAUGAAUGGCAGUGAGUUGCAACAUCAGCAGCAGCAACAACAUCAGCAGCAGCAACAACAACAACAACAACAACAACAACAACAGCAGCAGCAGCAGCAACAACACCAACAACAGCAGCAGCAACAACAACAACAAAGCCGUCUCUUUGCAAUGAUGCAAGGCCAACAGGCACAACAACCACCCUUACCAUUGGCAAAACAUGUUCCCAGUCAGGGCCCCCCGCAACCGCAAAAUAUGUAUGCUAACCACAUGACUGGACCGGCACCUGGAACAGUUGUCCAUCCGACUUCCAAUAGUAACAGCGCCGGCGUUCCAUUUAUGAGCAAUGUCGGCAACGCCUUGCUCAACGACAAGUACACCAACUUCAACAACCAUAACAAUGGUGGUGGCCACAACAGUAACGGGCUUCAGAAUAAUGGAAGUUCAGUGCCACUCUAUCGUCGCCAGGCAAUGACCGGCAAUGGAAAUAAUACCUACAACAAUAUGCCUGGUUUAUUUGCCGGAUUGGACACGGGCACUAAUCUUAUUGAGGCUUUGUUUCAGGCGAACAAUGUGGUUGGCGACCACCCAAACAAGUCCGACCACGGACAUGGCCUACUCUAUAACAACUACAACACGCUUAAGAGUGGGCAUGAACUGGACUUGUUUGCGGUGCAGCCACAGACUGUACAGGCCGCAUCUGACCCGGUCAAUCAUCAGCAGGCUUCAGCUACAACAUAUGCAGCCGUGCUCAGCCAGGGACCGCAAGCAGCCGCACCACAUCAGCAUCAGCAACAGCAACCCACAAUGAAUCCGACGCGGUCCAUGCAUGCAUCGAAAUCUUCUCAACCAACCAAUGAUAUGUUAGAAAAGGAUCCAUUUGCAGCCAUACGCGAAUUGGGACAAGCAACUACAGGCUUCUACAACUACUUUCAGUGAGCACACGUGUAUGGCCAGCGGCGUUGCAUGCCUCGACGAAAUCUCCUGCUUGCUGCAUGUGGCAUCUCGGUCUUAACAUAAAGACUAUAGGGUCUUAAUAAAAACAAAAACAAAAAAACUUAAAAAACAAGAAGAAAAGAAACGAAAAACAAAAACAAAAAAAUUGCAAAAUUAGAAAACCCAAAAACAGAAAAUGAAUUGCUUGUUAACUUUAGCUCUCCCCCUUUGCUUUUUUUUAAUUGCAAUUAAUUUAAAUAUGUAGUCUUAAUUAUUAUAUAUGAUAUGCAUACGUUUAGUAGUUACAAAAGCUGCAGCAGGUCGUUCCGCCCCUCGCACGCCCCAGGCGCUGUCAUGCCGCAAGUAGCAGGGUCGCUCUGAGCAUCCAGCCCUUAUUAAUUAGGCCCUUGAAACUAAAAACUAAAUUAACUUAUAAAAAAAAAAACACAAAAAACAUACAAAAACGAAAAAAAAAAAAUUCAAUUAGCUAGUUUUAAGAUAAUUCAGCAAAGUUUGUAUUUAUUAAUCAUUCUAUUGGUCGUAGAUUAUAUGCUACGAAAAAGUUCAGUUUGGCCUAAGUGCGCUUGAGUUAUAAAUACAUACAUAUAAAUAUUGUACCUUACCUUGAGUUUUGUACAGCAGUUGACCAUUCGAAAAAUUAGUAACUGAAAUAUUAUCAUGUACUCAAAUACAUUAUUAAUUGUCAUAAUUCAAAUCUUUAAUUUAUUUACGUACUUAUAUCGUACAAAUACAAAUACUGCUUUUUAAUUGUACUUUAAAUAUACAUGUAAUGGCUAUAUGGGAUACUUUUAUUGUAUGCACAUAAACAUACAUACACAUGCAUGAAUCAAAUCAACUUCAGGAUAGAAAUCUUCCGCAUUGUACGUGAUAUAUUCAGCAUUUGGGAAAUAUGAUAAGUAUAAUGGAUAAUGCUGCCUUCUGGAAGUCUCUAUUGUAAACAUGGACAUGAUGAGCUGAAGCAUGUAGAUUUAUUUUAAUAUUUUCUCCAGUAUUCUCCUCUGGUUCACUCAUUCUUAAUAUUAAUUUGGUUAGCUAAUCGUAUUUGAAUGCAUAUAAAUACAUAUACAUAUAUGAAUGUAAUUAAUCGUCUUUUACAUAAAAAUUACAACAAAAAACUUAGAAAAUAAAUAUAUACUUAAUAUUAAAUACCAGUAACAAAUAUUAAUUAUAGUUAUAUGUCUGUUUAUCUUAACAACACAUUUAAUUAAGCACAAAUAACUUUGACUACUGAUUUGAAACACGAAACGCAUCCAAACUACACAUAACAAAAACUGUGUAAUCCACUAUAAAAAUCCGUA